ACUAACUACCAAUAGAGAAAAGUGUUUGUUAUUUUUUCAUCCGUCUUUUUUUUAAUUAUAGCUUAAUAAAAGUUUAGUAACACAAUAUUUAACAGUUCAUUAUACAUUAUUUGCUAAACUUUAUUUAUAAUACAAACGAUAAUUCUAGAAUGCUAAAACUUCAAUAAAUUCGGUAUAUUAUUGUCACAUGAUGAUUACAUUUACGUAUACUAUAGCAUAACACAUUUCUGUUAUCAACAGAAGUAUAAAAAGGAAGCUAUUCAGAAAAGAAUCUCAAAUGAGUUUUUUCAGCAAGCUUGUAAAAAAUCGUUGGUGUCUCGCUUUCUUAAGAUAUUUUGUUAGAUGGUUUACUUUAUCCCACCAGGACCCAGCAGAGAAUCUUAUGUUGCAGAAAAGGGAAGAUCAGCAAGGACUGAUAAUAAUAUAGACAACUGCGAAUUGGCUAACGCACUGUGUUCAAUUCUUGAAUCUAUUUUAUUGCAUCAGCAUAGGGGAAAUAAUAAAGCGCUUUGGGAUUUCGUUUGCAAAUACACACAUAAAGAGACAAUUCAGGAAUUGAAAACUGAAAAAGUUCUUACUUGUGAAAUAGGAUUAUGCCGAGCUUGGGUUCGCUUAGCACUUAAUCAGAAUUUAUUUGAAAGUUACCUUAAAGCAAUAAUAGCUGAUUCUAAGUCGCUCGAAAAAUAUUAUAAUAAUACUGCUUUCUUACGGGAUUUGGAUCAAUUAUCAGUCGCUCAAAUGCACAUACAAUAUAUAACAUCAUUAAAAUUUUCUCUACCUAUCGAAACCGGCUUAAUAAAUACUUGGCCUGAAACAACCUUAAUUCUGGCUGGCUACGUUUCUGGCGACGUCGCACCCUCAUUACUAGUUGGACCUGAAUUUGAAUCGCUUAGUGUAAAUUCCUGUGAUAAUAGUCAACUUGUAGUAGAAGUUAGUAGGUCACGGUCGAAAAAACUAAGGAAAUCAAAACCCAUUAGUGCUUCUGGAGCCAGUUCCGAGGAGUGUAGUGUAUCGAAUGCUUCUUUUCAAUCUUCCAGCUUAAGCUUUGAAACAGGUUUUCCUGUAAACAAUGAGAGAAAACAAUUCCCUGUUGAAGAUAAUUCACCGCAAGUAGAAGUUGAUUUAAAUGAAUCCAAGUCGAAAUCGGAUGAAACUCUAGAAACUGCAACAUGUGACAUUCCUUCAACGAAAAGUACAAACCCUUUUGAUGAAAUAGAUGAAAAGUGCUUUCCCACAUGUCCUUCGCAAGAAACAACCGUGUUUGACAAAGAACAAUUUGAAGAAAAAGAAUCUAAACAAGUUGUAGAAGUGAUAAAUUCCAUGCAGGAAUCUGAAGCGAUAGCAAUUAAGGAAACAGACAACAUCCCAACAGAAGACAAUUCAAUCUAUGAUUUAGACUAUUUGGUUGGAAAUUCUUUAAAUAGGCAAUUAGAUCGAAUGGCAUUUGUAAAAAAAGAAAAAUCUUCAACCGAUGAUAACACAUCCAAGGAGGAAAUUGAAACAUUCUUAACUCAUGCAAGUUCCUCUACCGAAAUCAUUGAAGCUACUGAUCAUAGAAAUGAGUCUGAUUUAUCAAAGCGACAUUCUGUCUUAUCUGAAAAGGGUUUUGAAGUUAUAACUGUUGAUGAUGAAAUCAUUAAUAAUCAGGAAAGCUUUGAUUAUCAAGAAAGUUUACUUGACCGCUUGUGCACAGAAAAUGGCUUGGAUGAUCAAAAGUUUACCUGCAAAGGCUGCAAUAGAAAUAUUGGACUCAUUUAUGGCGAACAUAAAGUCUGUUGGUUUGACAAAGCAUAUUACUGCACGGAAUGCCAAGGCGAUGAUGAGUAUUACAUACCUUCGAGAAUUCUAUAUAAUUGGGAUUUUAAUAAAUAUCCAGUUUCAAAGAGAAAUUUGCAAUUCAUUAAAAUGAUUGAACAUGAAGGUGUCUUAGAUAUUCAAAAAAAUAGUCCUUUUCUAUAUGCAAUAUCUGAUGGACUAAAAAAUUUAAGAAAAACUAGACAAAGACUCUGCUUUUGCAAAGAUUAUUUAUUGAAUUGUAGUUUGUCUGUGAGAGAACAUUUUCGUAAAACGGCUUGUCCGAAAGAAUAUUACUACUGCCAUGUGGACACUUACUCCUUAUAUGAUUUGCUAGCAUUGGCUAAAUCGGAUGUUCUUGAAAGAGAAGUACAUGAUAUGUACACAUACGCUAAAAAACACAUUUUUGAGUGUGUUUUAUGUCGUCAAAAAGGAUUUUAUUGUGAGAUAUGCCGAAAUAAUGAAAUUAUCUUUCCGUUUGAAUUAGAACGCGUAACAAAAUGUAACACGUGUGGAUCAAUAUUCCAUAAAAAUUGUAGAAAUAAUACUUCCCAUUGUCCUAAGUGCCAAAGGUUAGAGCAGAGAAGAUCGAAAGAAGAUGACUAUGCCCUGGCACCACUAUAA